AAAGCAGGAAGUGAAUAGCUAGAGCGUUGGUUUAUUUUCCUUGUUGACAUGUGGCUCUAUAGACCGUAAAAUUCCCAAAUUACAGAUGGAGUUGAAUACGUUUCUUACUCAGCGGUUGACAGCGGCCGCUGUGGAGAUAUCGGCUGUCUUUGAAAAAAAGAUGAUCGAGUACCGGGAAGAAAUCUCCCGUUCGAAGGAGGAGAACAAACGUCUACAGCGGCUGUUGGAUUUGGUUUUCCACCCGGAAAUCAAGUUACGUCGAGCAGACUCCCAGCAGCUCUCUCUUCCUGUCUCUGAAGAGGAGGUUCCCCAUGAGCAGCAGCACUGUGAGCAGGAGAGGAGCCCCAGUCAGGGGCAGGAGGACCCAGAGCCCACACAGAUUAAAGAGGAACAGGAGGAACUCAGGACCAGUCAAGAGGAAGACCAGCCUCAAGGUUUGGAACCUGAUACCAAAGACGUCUUGAUUCCUGCCUGUGUGAAAAGUGACUAUGAACAGGACCCACCUCUGCCCUCACAUCUUGACCAAACCUUGGAGAACAGAGAGAGGGACUCUCUACCCACCAACACAACUGAACAGAUCAAAACAGAACCUGAUGGAGAGGAUUACAGCAUAUCAGAACCAACCAGUGACUCUCAGCUCCUCUCUGCAGUAAAUCCAGACGGUUCUGCAUCUCAGAGUGAAAACGGUAAAGUUCAUCAGAGUCCCAGCACUUCUUCAGAACAAGAUUCUAGUAACGUGGAAUCAAAUGAAGCAUCUAGUUUCUCCACCUGGAGUGAGGAAAACAUCUCCGUAACAGACAGAAACUCUUCAGACAGUAGCUCCUGCACUAAAGAAGAGUCUGAGGCACGUAAACCAGUGAAGAGAACAUGCCAUUCUAGUGGUGUGGUGAACGAACCAUCUGAUUUGUCCAACUUAUGUGAUGAAAACAACCCGGGGACUGAGAUCAGCCCUUCAGACGGCAACAAAGACAAGAACAUCCAAACAGACUCUGGGGCUCAUUAUCCAGCUAAGAGGAUCUGUCAGAGGGUGCAUGAUGUUGCCGUAGCAAGACGUGGGAGUGGAGAGAUGGCCUCCUGUUGCCGUCCCAAAGUGCCAGGAUCCACUCGAUGUUACACCCACUGCUUGUACUGUCAAGGUUUGUACAUUCGAAAGUCACUACGGAAGCAUGUCAGAUACUGCCCUCUGAACCCCAAAGCUGAAAAACCAAAACCUGGACCAAAGAUGAGGAUUCAGUCAGCAAUGGCGUUUAAGAUGUGUCCUCAACCCGACUACGUCAGCACAGGUCUUUGGAAGAUCGUUUGUGGUAUGAACUCCGACCGAGUUUCAUUUGUGGUGAAAAAUGACAAAUGUAUCCUCCUCAUGGGAGAGGAGCUGUACAACAAACUACAGCCAGAUGACAGAAGAAACGGAUACAUUCAGCAAAGAAUGAGAGAGGUGGCAAGACUCCUCAUCACGGCCAGGACGUGUACACCUCUGAUGUGCUUUGAGGACUUGGUCAUACCUAGUAAUUUACCUCACGUCAUCACGGCAGUGAGAGCUGUUGCUGGCUACAACGAGGAGAACAAAACGUACGACCGUCCGACGCUGGCUGUUCAAAUGGGAUACAACUUAAUGAACAUUGGCAGCGCUGUGGAAUCCUGUGCAUUGACGUCAGGACGACACAAAGUCGCGGAGUCUGCUGGCAAAUUCAAAAGUUUCAAGUGGAAUGAGGUUGUUUUGGCUGGAGCACUGUCCACUCUCAGUGAACCCCAAAAUAAAUGCGCCCAGCCGGCCCGUCGCACAGGCGCCCAGCCGGCCCGUCUCCCAGCGGAGCCGGCGCCCAGCAAACCCGUCGCACAGGCGCCCAGCCGUCCUGUCUCCCAGCUGAGCCGGCGCCCAGUAAACCCGGCGCACAGGCGCCCAGCCAACCCAAAGAAACACUGUGAGAUGAAAGUGGAUCGUUGAUGAGGGAGCAGCAGUAGAGAGACACAUAAUGCCGUUCAUAGAGUGGCCAAGUUCCUGGAAAGAGGGACUGCCUCAAAUGCCUCCAGUCAGAACCUGUGGAGCUCUAAAGCAGAAACUGGUCGGGCAUUAAGUUCUAUGUGAAUAGAGUCAAACAGAGACAGAGUACUGCAGCAAAUUUGGGAGACAUCGGCCCUGACGGGGACUUCAAAUCAGGUCCAGAGACUGUCAACGCAACACCUUAGCCAUUGCGUUUCUCAGUCAGACUUCGAACCAGCCAGGGAUUUGAACCAGCGACUUUGUGUGUGGUGGGGGGUUACAGGUACCAAUAUUUAAAUUCAUAUUCUGUUCAUAUAUUUUAUAUUCAUUAGUUCACACAUUGUACCUGUGGGUUGCCACUAAAAACAUUGAAGAAGAAAUUAACUUUG